AUGCCGUGUGUUGUACCAGUUCGCGAACAGCCCCCUUCUACUCUGUCCACAUUUGAGCUUUUCCCACCGCGUGGUGCUUCCACUUUUUUUGCGAGCAUGACGAACUUCGUUGCUGACACCUCAUCGCCUCGUGACGGUGAUGGGGGAAAUGAACGUGCAUCCUCCGUUUCUCCGCUAGCGGCGAACACGACCCACCCUCAAACUAUGGUAGCUUCGCCGGGAGCAGCGGCAACACAGUGUACAUACAUCCACGACAGCGUGGCAGACACCGGUUCUUCGUCGCUGCUGCUCGACCGAGCAGCGACAAAUGUUUCCACUCCAGUCCUAGCGGAUCCGACCUCUCGGGUUGCAGUGCAAGUCACUGACACCGCUUUCUCCGGGGUUGUCCCGGCGGCUCGCGUGUUGACUCCUUCAGUAUCCAGGCUCGAAGACGAGCAGUCCUCGCUUCCUGUUGCAUCGUCGACUGUCUCUGACCGUGGGUGUCGAACUGCUUGCGACUCCAGCAAUGUUGCGUCUGCGGUGAGACGCGACCGCGAAGCUUCCCAGCUCUCUGUCCCUGCUGUUUCUUCUCCCCUCUCACCAACUGUGCCGGGCAGGUCCGAUUCCGUGUCUUCCUCCGUGGUAGAGACGCUAGGACAGCCCUCGGAGUUAGACCGCGACGGACUAGAUAGCGACAGCAGGGGGGAAUUCAGGAGCCACGUAGAUGUCGAAAAAGACGCAGAGUCAGCGGCAGACUCCAAGCGCGCCAAUUUCAACUGGGAAGCCGAGGCCUCAUACGUUCGGAAUCCGAAUGUGGAACGAACCGAUGUGUCGGGCGCGCACACUCUUCCCGUAAAAGCCGGCACAGACGCACCAGGAGCCGUGCCUUGGCAGCAUGCAGACGCCAAAAAGCCACGUGCUCCAUGCAAGCACGAGGUAGACCAGAAGUCGGGCGAGGCAAAGGCAGACGCCGACAACAGACCCGCGGGAGAUGCUUCUGGGGGUGCUAGCCAAAGCGGGCAACAUGCUGCCGAGACAGAUGAAAGCUAUCGCAGACGCGAGAAAACGAAGAAGGAACACUCCGACGAAGGCGCGUUGCUGCGCCCCAAGAAGAAGCGCGGGGACAAGAAGGCAGACGAGGGUGACGAAUCUCCCACGAAGAAAAGGAAAGAGAGACCUGGCGAGGAAGGAGAUGGAAAAACGGCCAAAGAGCAGAACAAGGCACGCGAAGGCGGCGGCUUAGAAGGUGGCGCAAAGAAGCCUCUCUCCAGACAGAAACGACUCAAGAAACGACGCACUCCAAAUGCUCAUGCCUCAUCGAGCGACUCGGAGGAUGAACCUCGCGGUCGCCGCAGUGGUGUUUCCAAGAAAAGGAAAAGCAAACCCUCGGAUGGACACACAGAUGGGGAUUCUUCGCCCGAAGACUCUGAUCAGGAGGCGGACCGGGAGCUGGAGGUGUACGUAGAAGCGAUCACAAAGAAGCUCUGGACCAUCUACACACAGCAAGUCGCGGAUGCCCAAGAACUGCUUGAGCAGCAGAUUUCAAAAGGAGGUCUUAACGCCGUGUCCAACGAAGGUGUGGCGACGGCCCUCAUGACAGCGUGUGCUCCUCGACGCGUCGACAUGACUUCGCUUCUCGCCGGCGCGCUCGAAUGCAAACAACUCGCAACGCGGCGUCUGCUCACUUCCCUCACGGAGUUCCCUCGGUCAAUUAGGGAGCCGUCGCCGCCUCGAAUCUCUGAGAGCGACAUUCUCGAGCUGGCAGUCGCUCAUGCAGAGACGGACAUGUCUGCGUCUUCCCAAGAGCCGAACGCGUCCCCAGAGGCUGUGCGCCACGCGCCUCGACCGGGGAAGCCACCUCGCGAGUCCAUUCCCUCGAAGCACGACCUCAUCCACGUGAGUGCUGACCAAGACGCCUCGUGUUGCCCCUGCUGUUCGUCUACUUGUCUGAACCUGGUUCUCGCCCCGCUCUUAGCGUCGUCUGAGAAGGCGGGAGAGACAGGUGAGGCCGCUGGUGCAGACGCUCGCCUUCGCGCCCAGCUGAACGUGCAGGACUGCUGCUGCUGCUGCGUCAUUCACGCGCCGUCGGGGCCGAGCAGCGACGACGAGGGGCCAUCUCGGCCCUCGUAUUCGACCGCGGGCUGGGCGUACGCAGACCAGGCGACCGCGUUUGACCAGGCCAAGUCGAAGCCCCAGUACACCGCAAGCGACGACGAUGACAGCCUCCGAGGCGAGGUUGGAUCGAGUCGCGUAGAUCGCGGCGGCUCCAGUCGCCCUCCCACUCAGACCGGCGGGCGCGGCCGACGCGGCGCUGGUCUCCGCGGCGGCGUGGGAAGCCGCACGCAGGCCUUGGGCCAGAGCCCAAUGCGGCGCCAGGCCCUGGGCCUUCUUUCCAGAACAGGGGCAAGUGCCCCGCUGAAUCGAGGCGCCAUGUUCGGCACUCCGGACCAGCGACCGGAGAAGUGGAUGCCACGCUCUGCGGCGAUGCGGCGACUCCAGCAGAGCUCGAUACGCUCCGCAGGAGCUGGGGAGAAGGCCCCACCGCACGGAGGUGCCGGAGGUGGGGCCCACGGCGCUCAGGCGAGAACGAGUGCGAAGCGAGGAGGCUUGGGCCUAAGUGCGGGCCGGGGUCGCGUGGGGAAACCGACAAAGGCUGCUUCAAGCAGCAGCAGCGACACGAGCAGCGACACGAGCAGCGACAGCAGCUCGAGCAGCGAGGAUGAGACAGCUGCGAGGACUGCUACCUCGCGCGAGCGGAAGAAGAGAGAAACUGCCAAGGGCGGCGCUGAACACCUGAAGAAGUACCCCCACACAGGAGGCGGGGGCACGACGCGCACAGGCGGGAGCCCGCUAGAUCGCGCCACGCUGAAGGCGCGACUGCAGAGAUUCUGUAGACAGGACGGUGAACAGAAACUUCCAGUGCUCAAGGAGGCCUGUGUGGCGAUGUUCGUGACAGCAAUGAAGGAGUUGUGUGUCGAGCCUUGGGCGCAACACUUUUCCAUUCGAAUUCUCCUGCGUUCGGCUGACGCAGCUCUUCCUCAGUUCCUGCGGAAGAGUGGACUUCUUCUUCUUCGCGAAUGGAUGGAAGGACUCGCAACAUCUCCAGAGAGCGUCGAAGAGCACGAAGGCAUGCUGAUUUCUGUCCUCAAACUCCUCCAUCGGCUCCGGCCGACUCGCCAGGACAUCGCUCAGGCCAAGAUCGGCCUUCUCGUCCGAGGCAUGGCGCAGCGGAAGAAGGUGUUGAAGUGUGACUUUGAAGCAUGCAGCGAGGAAGUCUCGGCCGUGGCGGAGAAGUUGCUGGAGAAGUGGAGGGCGAUGUUCGCUCCAUCUCAGCCUUCCGACGGGCAAGUGCAGACUCCGGCAAGGGCACCUGGCAGCGCCGCGUCAGAAGCAGGUCGCUCGACCUCGAGGCUAGCGGAUUCGUUUCUCUCGCGAGGAGCUGCUCAGGGAGAGGCUCCUUCCGUGGGGGCUUCUGAGGCGCCUGCACUGCCCCGGCCUGGUGCGCGAAGUGAGUCACCCAUGACUGACGCUGCACCGGAAACGGAGACAGGCCGGUCGGCGCUGAACGGCGGCGAGGAGACACGCCGAGAGACUGGGAAGCAGAGUGCGCUCGGGGGCGAGAGAAAGGCGAGAGUGGAGGAGGCACUGCGCUCUCUCGAGGAGCUUGGCUGGAACUUGGAAGACAAAGACAAGCAACGGCGACUUGAAAUCGAAGGAACGUACUCGCCGACGGCAGACACUGACGAGGUCCAGGAGGUCCAGCCCGUUCCGCGAAAAGCCACGGAGGAUCAUAGACGUCGCGUCCAUUUCUGUCCGACCCGGCAAGCGGUUGCAGACAUGGUUUUCUUCAAUAAUCUUGAUGAGCCUCGCGUCGUGAACGCGUCCGUGAAGAAUGGACAGAAACUGAAGGGAGAUGAGGCAGCAGAGCACCUCGCGUGCCUGCGUCAGAGCAAGGCCGAAGCCGACAGCUUUGACAGACUUCGUCGCAUGCAUACUUACAAGGAGAUCGACGGCUGCACUGCGACCGGAUCUGGGGAGCACCGCGUGAGCGGGACGAAGCCUGCAACAGAAAGUCAUACGCACCGGCGCGACGCCCCGAUGAAGUUCACGACUCCUCUGCCGCUUGAUUUCUCGGACGGGAAACCUCCGCAUGCGUACCCGAGCCCGCCACCUGCUCCGGUGCCGCCGCAUCCGGAGUCGCCGCCUGUUAGAGUGGAGCCCCCGAAGCAGCUUUUCGCAACUACUCCUUUUUCUUUUCUCGCCAUCCCUACCAUUUCGUCUGAUGCCCAAGGGGCGCCCGCGCCGAAGCUACAUGUGGACGACGAUGUGGCGAAAGGCAUGAGCCUUCCCCUCGAGGGACUUUCUCGAGGGACAUCUGACGAAGGCACUCGAAGGCCUGACCCGGCGGCCGAUGGGGACAGCCGAGGGCUGCCGGGUUCCGCCCCUGCGGCUGGGGGGCCGUUGGCAAUGCCGCCUUUUGGUUUGCCUCCUGGACCGCCCUUGGUGGCAGGCCCUCCAGGCGUUCCCUUUUUUCCGGCUCCGUGUUUCCCCCCGAUGGGGGCUCCAGGUUUCCCGCCGUUCGGACCGCCCUAUGUGGCGCUGCCUCCUCCAGGCUUCAUGCAGCCGCCGCCCCACGGCAUCUUUGGCCUUCCACCUCAGUCUGAAGGAUUUGGAGCAGGGACACCAUGCGCUGGGCGUUCCAGUGGCUUUCCUCCGCAAGCGCCGGGUCGGGGAAGAGGCCCCCCUCGAGGUCGAGGAGGCCACCCCGCAGGGGGCCGGCGACCGGAAGGAAGGGGACCGGCGGGGGAUAGGGGCCGCGGCGUGGCUGAAGAAGAGGGAAGCGGGAGAGGAAGAAGGUAGACCGGUGUCCGGGGUCUUCGGAGGUUUCAGAGAGUCGCUUGAAGGAAAGAGGCGCUUUGAGGAAAGGCCAGGCUGGGUUGCUCGUUGUGAGCGCUUCCGAGGACGUGAAGGGUUCAAGGGCGUACUGCGCGCACCCCGGGAGAGGCACACUGGGAACUGCAGUUUCCUUCAGAGAUUUUUCAAGACAGUGGUAGAGGCAAGCGCUGUGGCUGCCAACAGUGUGGGAACGUUAUUCGUAAUCGAGAACGGAUGACUUUUUAUCAAAUCUGCGUUUUCCAC